GGCUCUUCGUCCACCUCGUUGCGACCAAGGACAGUGAGAAGAGCGCGCGUGCAUAUAUAACCGGGCGAACAGCGUUGGUCAUUCAGUUGAGCUCGCACUGAACAGUCGCACAGUUUCACAGUGCUCCUAUCCCCUUCUUACUUUAUAGUACAAACUCUUCCAAUACCAUUCGACAUGAAGGUUCUGAUCCUGUGCGGACUCCUUCUCGCUGGUGCCAUCCUUGCUGAGGCUGGCGGCCAGGAAUUGUGCGCGCUGGACCAUGACCAAAUCAAGAAAGUCCUGACGUGCAUGGGAGAGCACGUCAAUUCUGAGCUCAAGGGCAAGGCGAAGGAGAUCAUCACCAGCCAGGGUGACAACCUGGCUCAGCUUGUCAAGAGGCAGUGCGAGGCGGAAGUGGACUUCCUUGAGCUGCUGAAGACCGCGUUCUCCGAGGAAGAAGCAGCGGCUAUUAAGAAGGCUUACAGUGAAUGCAAGCCCGCUGGCCGUUAAAGUGGUUCCUAAUACCAGUGAUCUAUUCGAUGGACAUCCCAGAAGUGCAAAACUGUGUUUUUUUAGGAUGCUAGAGUACAUACCGAAAUAAAUGAGAAGUGAGUGGACUCACGUGCUUGUAUUGUCACUUUCGUAUUCCCUAAGAACAGAAAAUGAGCACAACAAAAAAAAGCAACCGU